GGGAGCCUUACAAAUACCGAGCGGAGUGCCGCACCCCUUGGCUGGCACACUGGAAACUUAACUGCUGUGCGGCUGUCAUCUUCGGCACCCGGUGCCCCUCCCUGCUGCACCCUUGUUCCCCCCCUCUCACUAGGAGAAAGAUCACCCCUCUCUUUCUUUCCUCUAGUACAGGUCCCCCGAUCCCAGGACAGACUAAAGGAGCCUGUGAACCCAUAGGCAGCUCUGCCAAACUUCUGAGGACUUGAGUGAACUUUCAGCGGCAGGAUGACCAUGGGGCGCUGGCCGGGAAUACCCCUUCUGCUCCUUCUUCUCGUCUGCACUCAAGCUCUAGCUCAAGAUUUUGAUUUGUCUGAUGCCCUUCCUGAUGAGAAACCUACAAAGAAGCCAAUUCCAGCUACCAAAAGGCCACCAUCUGACGGUGGCUUGUCUUUAGAAGAUGCUGUUUUAUCUGGAGGAGAUGAUGAUCCUGCAAAGCCUAAUCCACCAAAACCCAAACCAGGCUAUCAUGGUGAUACAGGUGGCAUUACAGAUGAUGAUCUCAAUGGGCAUGGUCACGCAGGAGGUUCUGAUGAUAGAAGUAAUGACGAGACACCUGCUGAUUCCCCUGGAGUAAUAUCUGGAAUUGUAAGCGCUGCGGUUGUGGCACUAGUAGGAGCUGUAUCCAGUUUUAUUGCUUACCAGAAAAAGAAACUCUGCUUUAAAGGAAAUGAAGAUCCAGAGAAUGUUAAUAUGGAUAGUCAUCAUGGAGCCAACACAGAACCACCUGUGCAACGAACACUUCUACAGAAAUAGUCUUAUCCUGGGUGAGAAAACAAAGAUGAACACAAUGGGAUUAGACUACUUAACUGCCUGAAACAACACACCUUAGAGGGGCAGGAGUUACCAAGCUGCAUGAAAAUUAAUUCUACCGGGUUGUUUGUGAAUAUGACAUUUAAAAACCACUUGGAAAGUGGUUUGACCUGUACCACAUGUGAUUAAUUAGCUACCAUUUAAAACGUCUCCAUUUUAAGAAUAAGGAAAAAAUUCUUUGAAGUGAAAUUGAACCCUUUAUCCAAUACGAUGGCCUUUAUUAUGUGUAAAUACAUUAGAUUUUUUAGUAGUUUUCACCUCUCCAUAAGGAAAUAAGGAAGUCAGAAAAUGGUUAUCUUCUAUUCAUUACCAUACAUUCAUGAUUAUUUCCAAAUUAUAUCACAAUUAAACAUAUCAGUAAAUAAGGAACUCAGUGAUCAAUUUGUGAGAUACAUCUCUAAGACAUUCCUUCAAAAUUGAUUUUCUUAAUUUAUUUUUGCUGUCAGAGUAAUACCUAAGUAGGAAAAUGUGCCAUUUCGUUUGAAUUACCUAUAGUUUAGUGACUUUGAAGAUGGAUUUAGAACAAUUACAGAAGUUAAUAUUCUGAACUUCACCUUUUUUUGGUCUUUGAGAGAAAUAAGGAACUUAGUGAGCUCAUCAGCUCCCGUGAGUCUAGUUAUCUCUAUGUUGAUGAUUUCCAGAUGUAUGUAUCCAGUCGUAGUCUACAAUCUCACAUCCCCAAAUGCCUUUUGGACAUCUUGAACUGAAUGUCUCAUAAACAUUUCAAACUAAAUAUGUCCAAAGCAGAACUCAUUAUCUUUCUUUCCCAAGUCUCCCCUUUCCAAAUUGCUGUUAUUACUCUUGAAUGUACUACCAUCCUCCCAGUCACCUAGGCUUGCAGUUUCUCUGUUGUUUUAUAUGGCUUUCUUCUACUUUUUACAUAUAACUAAACCAUUUCCAUUUUUUUCCACUUCAGAUUUAUAUUUUCCUCACUCACAUAGCCACCAUUCUAAUUCAGGCUUUCAUCAUCUCUCACCCAGACUAUUGGAAUAGCCUUCUAACUGCUCUCUCUAUCUUGUGUGUCCCCAUUUUAAUCCAUGGUCUACUCAGCUGCCAAAGUGAUUUUCCUGACAAGCAGGUCUGACACCACCUCUCUCUCUCUCUCUCUCUUUCUCUCUCUCUCUCACACACGCACACGCACACGCACACUCUCCCUCUGUCCCUCUCAUACACACGCACUCACGUGCACACACACACACACACACACGCACACAUACUCUCUCUCUCUCUCUCUCUCUCUCUCUCUCACUCUCUCAAUAGAUUCUAGUGGCUCUAUUACUUUCAGGAUCAAAUAUAAAAUCCACUUUUGAAUUUAAAUUUCUUGAUAAACUGUUCCCUUCACAUCUUUCUAUUUUAAAUUUUUUUUCUAUUUUUUAUACUUUACUCUCCUCGAAUCAUUCUGUGAUCUACCUAUGUCGUCCAAUGUUAUUGUUCCUUAAAGAACACUCCAUCUCCCACCUCUUUGCCUUUGAACUGCCUGCCCCGCCCCCAUGCCUGGAAUGUCCGCCUUCUUCAACCUUAGAAUUUUGUUGGGUUUUUUUUUACAUCCUUCAGGACUGAACUCCAAUUCCACACUCUGCAGGAGGGCUUUCUCUCCCCCACCCUCUUCCUCUCUCAUAUCUUUUAUAUUCCUAGUUACUUAGAUCUUGUCUCCCCUGUUAAAAUAUCCACCACUUUUUAGCCUUUCUUUGUAUCCUUAGUCCUUAAGAUUAUUUUUCACCUGAUCUCUAUUCCUUUCAUCUCCUUCUUUCUUUUCGUUUAUUCCCAAAAUGUAAUUGGGCCAGAUCAUAAGAAUACAAUGCUCUCUAGGUGUGUAAUUAUUGUAAAGUGUGUCCUAGAUACAAUAGUUAAAAAGUUUGGUGAAAUAGUGCAGUUUUACAAAAUGAGUUAAUCAUUCUAUGUGAAUGGUUGGGUAUUGGAUGAAGUUGUUUUUAUAUAUAUAUAUCUAUACACACACACACACAUAUAUAUGUAUGUAUAUAUAUACACACACAUAUAUAUGUAUGUAUAUAUACACAUAUAUGUAUAUAUAUAUACACACAUAUAUAUGUAUGUGUGUAUGUAUGUGUGUGUAUAUAUAUAUAUAUAUAUACAUACACACACACAUAUGCUUUAUGUCAUAUAGUAACCCUCUUAAAAGCUUUCUAAGCUUUGGGAUAAAUUGAACUUUUCAGGUUUUACCCCCUUGCUAAGCAUAAACCUGUGAACAUUAAAAUGCAGCAAUCUAGGAUGAUUCAUACAGAACAAAGUUUUAAAUGUAUUUUUAGGAUGAUUGAUGAAAAGUUAAAGAGGAUUUUAAUGGUCUAUUUUUUUAAAUUGCCAAGGUUAAUAAACUUUUCUACAUUUGGAAAAAAUUAGGAUUUUUCAGUGUAUUAUUGCUAUUUUCACUAUAUUCCUGGUAGGGUCCACAUGAUGGGAAGUUCUUACAGUGUCAUCCAGAUGAAGUAUGAUUCCAGUGUGUUACACUUAAUGUAACCACUGGUGGUUAAUGUUAUUUAUGCUGUCUCAUGUCAGAUGUCACCAAUAAAAUUCACAUGCAUCCUUCUCAUGUGAAUAUAUUACAAUCAGACCUACAUGUAGUAAUAUUGUUGUUUGUUGUUCAGUCACUUCAAUCAUAUUUGACUCUUUGUGACCUCAUUUGGGGUUUUUUUUGGCAAAGAUACUGACGUAGUUUGCCAUUUCCUUCUCUAGUUAAUUUUACAGAAGAGGAAGCUGGAACAAACAGUAUUCAGUGACUUGCCCAAGUUGACACAGCUAGUCAAUGUCUGAAAUGGAAUUUCGAAGUCAGGAGGAUGAGUUUUCCUGAUUCCAAGCCCGGUGUUCUAUCUACUGUGCCACCUAGAAGCCAGUAGUAAUAUGGUUUAGUAGAAAGAGCAUUGGAUAUAGUCAGAAGGCCUAAGCGUGUUUCUUGACUUUGCUACUUUCUAGUUACAUAAUGUUGGAUAAAUCAGUUAACCUUUCUAUUAGGAGAGGAUGUUGAGCUAGGUGAUGGAUGAAUUUCCUUUUGAUUUUAAAACUUAGGAAUUAUCUUCACUUAAAAGUACCUCUUGUUAGGAUGAGGCCAGUGGAUAAGUAUAUGUUGAUCUUGAUCCUAGAUCCCUCCCAUUCCUUAUUCCAGCUAAAUUCAUAAAUCUUUGCUAUUAUCACUUGCUAUAUUUGGCUUUUUUACAAGGAUGCUCCCAUCCAAGGUGCUUGCCUAUGACCAAGACCUGACUAGAGUCACCCACACUUCCACUAGGCCUGGUUUUGAGUAAUUGAUACUGAAUGAGUGAGUGAAGGAAGUUCAUUUUCAAGGCAUUCAUGAUGAGAAUUAUUCUAGGGUGUGUUUUUUGCAUUUGAGUUAUUCCUUCAAUAUUCUAUACAGCUUCAUAAUUUUUGAAUGUGUGAAAUAAGGAAAAUAAAUGAGACCAUUAAUUAUUUAGUGUUAUCAGGUACUUGUCAUCAACCUCAUUAAAAUUCAGUGUCUUAACAUUAAGUAGCAUCUUCUGCGUCAUUUUGGCUUAGCAUUUAGCUAACAAAAAUGCUACCUAUCUAUGGAUGAAUAAUGCCAAACAAAUCAAAUUUCUGCAAGGCUUUGACUUAAAUUGCAUCUUUUCCCAGUUGUGAAUCUGUCUCAUAUCCAUGAAUUGUCUUGUUUUUUAAUAAAAACAUUCAUAAAGCUA